CUGCGCAUGUGCAGAUCAAAAAGGUCCCGGAUAUUGGUUACCGUUUUCGAAUCUUGGCGACCCGGAACAGCUGAUUGUCUCGAGAAGCCAUUUAAAUUUUCGAUCGUUCCUGCCUUGUUCUGGGCUUCUUUCCUGCAAAAAUGGCGGGCAGGGAGUAUUCCACGUCGUUCAGCGAGUUCGACACGGAAGAUCUGAGCCUGGAGACCACCGUACCGACGGAUUUUUCGGACGAAGCCGAGGGAGACCGAAGCAGAGGUGGGAGGGCCCGAAAGGAGAAAGUUACCAAACAGCUGAUAGAACGUAAACAACUGGCUCACGACUUACAACUCGUCAAGAUUGAGCUCAGUCAGAAGAACCUCAUCAUCGAGAACCUGAAGGCGGAACAUGUCACCAAAGUGGAGGAGCUGGAAGAGAAACUUAGCGACGCAUUGCACCAGAGACACAUUCUGCAGGCCAAGCUCGAGUCACAACUCAAGAUGCACCAGGAGGAGUCUCGGCGCAGACAGGAGCAGACCCGAGCGGAGAUCGAGCGCAUCAUGCAGCGGCAGCAGCAGCUGGAGACAGCCAACGCCAGGCUGCAGGCUCACGCAGGAGACAUCAGGAGGAGUCUUCAUGACUUGAACCUGACAGAGGGACAGUACUUCGAGCUGAAGGGGAUGGCAGAUGAACAGCUCACCAUGAAGGAGUAUGUGGCUCUGCGGCUGUACGAUGCCGUCCACCCCCUGCAGCAGCGAGCCGCGGCGCUGGAGACCAGGUGUCGUGAUCUGGAAACUGACCAGAGGGAACUACAGCAGGAACUGGACACCUGUCAGGAGAAUUUGAAGGCAGAGAAACAGGGAAGGUCAGAUGCAGAGGUCAAGUGUCAAAGGUUAACCCUGGAGCUGGCUGAUACCAAGUCCCAGAUCCAGCAGGGGGACUACAAGAGAGAGAACUAUGACAGGGUCAAAAGUGAGAGAGAUGAUCUUGAACAUGAAGUCCUGGACACCAAGAAGAAGUACACCUACCUGGACGCUGCACACCGCACAGUUUCUAAGGAGAGAGACGACACACAGAAGGAGCUCUCAGCUGCCAAGCAGGCCCUGGCCCUACUCAGACAGGACAAGGACUACCUCACCAAGCAGAGCAACGACCUUGGCUCCAAGAUGACCUUCAACGAGGAGAGGCUGCAGCAGCUGACUGUUCAGCUGGACGAUGCCAAACGGGCGCGGGAAGAGAUGUACGAAAAAUAUGUGGCAUCAAGGGAUCACUACAAGGCUGAAUACGAGCGGAGGCUGGCCGAGGAGCUGGACCAGAUCAGGGUCAAGACUGACCAGGAGAUGGACAGGCUGAGGGUCAGCACCAGGGAGAUGUACGAGCGGGAAAACAGGAACCUGCGGGAGGCCCGUGACGCAGCUGUAGCAGAGAAGGAGAGGCUGGCGCUGGCGGAGAGGGAGGCCACACGGAGAUGUGAGGAUCUAGUAGCUGAAUUCAGACAGCUACAAAAUGGAGCUGACAGUAAGACCUCUGAGCUGCAGAACGAGCUGAAGCUGAAGUCGUUUGAGACGGAGAGGACCCAGAUGGUGCACGAAGAAACCGUCAGGAACCUCAAACAGUGUCAGAUCGACAACGAGAAGUUGCAGAACAAGUUAGAGGUGAUGACCAGGGAGUACUACGAGCUGCAGAGGUCCACAGAGAAGCAGUUCCUGGAGCUGGAGACACAGAACAAGGACCUGAAGUCUCGGGUGGAGACGUACGAGAAACUGGAGCAGGAGCUGGACGAUGUUGUCAUGCAGGCUGCUGAAGUUGAAAACGAGGACGAAGCAGAGAGAGUGCUGUUUUCUUAUGGUUACGGAGCAAACGUCCCCAGCACAGCAAAGAGAAGAUUAAAACAGAGCUCUCUGCAGCUAACAGGGUUCUGGACCAAUCCCAGCAGCCCUACUCCUACCUCAUCGAGAGCCUGAGACUCAGGGACUCGCAGAUCAACGCACAGAAGAACCACAUCCAGCAGCUACAGGAGGAAGUCAGUCGAUUUGAGAAGGAGAGAGCAGACCUGAUCAAGACCAAGAACCAGAUGACCUCUGACCUGGAGAGAUUGCUCAAUCAGAGAGAGGAAAUGGCUGUCAUGAAACAAGUGGUGCAGAGCCUUCAUUCCCGUCGCUAUGGAGAUGACAGGCCACACCCUCUUGAGGCAUCCACCACGUCCACUGCUGUCCGAUCGACCAGACCUCGUGUGAAGGCCCCGCUACAAGACUCCAACACUUACACACCUGCACCUACAUUAUUUACAAACAGAGACCCGCCAGAGUGGUACAAGAGAGUGAAACAGCGUAGCGGGACUGAGAGGACCAAAUAUUCACAAGUCUAUGCAACAUCAUAGCACAAUGUUUA